AAAUUGAGUUAAUCUUGUGACGUCUGGUUGGCAGAGCUUAUCAGCCAUCGCCAUUUUCUUUCUUUACACCAGGGACUGCAGUUAAACUAUCCGCUCUGGUGGAGAAUUUUAAGGCAGCCUGGUACGGUAAAAGGUCUCCAACCCCGCUGGACAGGGGUUCGAUCUUGAGUAUAAUGUAUUGAUUACACAUCGGAGGAAUUGUUCAGAAUAUAUAGCGGGGCUGUGUGCGGAAGUUUGGUUGUUUGGCGGCCCUAGUGAUUGGAGGGCACUGCCACGUUGACAGUUUGGUGGACAAUGGGGUGCCGCAAACGGACACCUAGCAUGGCGCUAUGCCAUUUAUUUCUUCUAAUUGUGAUAUUUUCCAAUGCUCAGGCUGGCAAUGUAGUACUACAGAAAGAAUCCAUAGAUUUCAUGGACGCGUGGGUGCGUGGAGCGGAGCCCUCCAAUAGACCGGUGUUCCGGGAGGGCAUGUGCGGGGCGCGCCCGAAUACCGGACCGGAUGGAGCGUACGACAUAUCCAGAAGUACCGCAUGGUCGACCACAAUGGCUAGCAUAGUGAAAUCCGGGUUUUCAAGUACCAACUUCUCUAUCGUGACGACCUUUAAAUACACGAUGUCCUACACCGCGGAGCUGUUCAGCAUCUACGGAGAGGCGGGAGAGACGUCGCUCAGUCUUCAGGUGGGGCCGAAAGAGGCUUUUAUCCAAUACACGGAGGCGCUUCCGGAAGGCGCGCCAGUCCCAGAACCGUCGGUGUUGAAGAUUCCCGUUGAAAUGAAGCAGGACGCCUGGCAGCGUCUGUCACUGAGCGCCGUUGCCGGAACCGUGUCACUCUUCCACGACGGAAACAUUGUAACAGGCCUUCCGCAAGGGGAAUUCGCCGAGGCUCAACUCUAUCUGAGCGAUAAGGGAUUCAUGUCGUUCUCUAACGAUGACAAACCAUUCAAGGGAGUGGUACAGGACCUCAUCUAUGUGCCCUCGGACAUGGCCGCGUAUGAGCACACCACGCGGUACUGCCCGGACUGCCACGUCGCCUUUCCCCAGCCGGCGAAGAACGGAUUCGCCAUCAUUGGCGGUGGCGGCGGCAGCAGCGGUGGCGGCGUCGGCGGAGGCAGAGGAGGCAUCAGCAGUGUAUCCGGUGGCAGUGUAUCCGGCGGCAGUGUCAACGGAAGUUCCGAGGUCGCAGUGGAAUACGAGUCUGCAGCCGGAGGCGGUCAGUAUGAGGCUGGCUUCAUGGGCAAGGAGGAGGGGGGACUCGUCAUGGGCAUGGGUAUGGACAAAAAAGACCCCGGACAAAUCGUUUACGCUGUCGAUAAAUACGGGCCCGCCAUGGUUGGAGCUGAAAUGGCGCUCGGAGUACCAUACGGACCGCCCGGACCCCCAGGUCAGCGCGGACCGAUGGGACCACCUGGUCCGAAGGGUGAACAGGGUUACCCCGGUCGCGACGGUCUCGCAGGAAACAACGGUCUUCCCGGUCCGCCCGGCAACGUGCUGGUGAUUCCGAUGAAUACUGACGGAAAGAACCAGGACCAAAGAGAAGCCUUCCAGAUUCUUCUCAAACAACACAUGCAAUCUAUGCGAGGUGCCCCUGGACCGCAAGGCAUGACGGGUCAUCCAGGACAGGCGGGACUCCCGGGCGACCCAGGAGAGAGGGGUGACGAAGGACUUCCGGGUGACGCGGGCCCACCGGGACCGAUGGGGACCCCUGGAGCACCCGGACCGCCGGGCAAGAGGGGUCGUAGCGGAAGGGAUGGCGAGCGAGGACCCAUUGGAGCGAUAGGAGACAAGGGCGAGGGUGGAUAUCCCGGCAUCCCAGGUCCUCCGGGUGAGAAAGGACUUAGGGGCUUUGCCGGUACCCAGGGUAGUCCCGGAGUCCCGGGACAUGACGGUGAACAAGGAGCCCAGGGUGAGCCCGGGCCAAUAGGACCCGCGGGCGAACAGGGCCUGCGAGGGUUUCUUGGACCACGUGGUCGGCCUGGACCAAUCGGAGCACCUGGCAUUCCUGGCUCGGAAGGAUCACAGGGACCCAAGGGCAACGCUGGCGCGGUUGGAUCACCGGGCGCGCCCGGACAGGCAGGAGCCCCAGGACCGAUUGGCUCCCCCGGACCCCCGGGUACGCUUGGACCGCAAGGUAUACCCGGCGCCCAGGGAAAACCUGGCCUUCCAGGUCUUCCGGGACCCAUAGGACCACCGGGAACAGACGGGCAGAAAGGAGGACCAGGGCCUAAGGGCGACUUUGGCCCCAUGGGAACACAGGGCAUCGUCGGAUAUCCAGGGCCCAGAGGCGCUAAGGGCGACGGAGGUCCAACCGGUCCUAUUGGAGAAAAGGGUCUUCAGGGACCGCCUGGUUUUCCUGGCGACCGCGGUGACCUUGGGGAGAAAGGUGACAGAGGAUUCGUAGGGGAGGCCGGACCACCGGGACCAGAAGGAAUCGAGGGUGUCAAGGGAGAACGCGGGCCGAUCGGAGAAAGUGGGCCCCCAGGACCUCUAGGUGAAAAGGGUCGCAUCGGACCCCCAGGGAUGCCGGGCUACCCCGGACCCCCGGGCCUGAAGGGAGACAUGGGUGGAACGGGUCGACGAGGAAAGCGAGGACUUCAAGGAAAACCGGGCUUACCAGGGAACGUUGGUGACAGAGGCGAGCCUGGACCUCAGGGUCAACCUGGAGAGCGCGGUAGUCAAGGAAUCCCCGGACCGGUGGGUCCCAAGGGAGAUAAUGGCCCCGCCGGUCCCCCCGGUCCUGCUGGCGAGCAGGGUAUUCAAGGGCAACCCGGCAUGCAGGGCGCCAGCGGACCAAUGGGACCGAUUGGACUUCCCGGAAAAGACGGACUGAGGGGAACCCCGGGAGAGCGCGGUGAGCCGGGUCAGCAAGGUGUACAGGGCUCGGAAGGUCCUUCGGGAGUUAUGGGCCCUACAGGUCCACCCGGCGAUCCGGGCCCGCCAGGAGACAGGGGCCAGCCAGGUGUACAGGGUCUCCCAGGUGAUACAGGACUUCCAGGACAGAGCGGUAACCAAGGAGAAAGGGGCACACAAGGUCUCCCCGGCCCAGACGGACCCCCGGGCCCGCCCGGCCCCCAGGGAUUCACAGGUGACAGGGGAUACCCAGGACCACCAGGUCGUGACGGAGUUCCAGGCUCGGAGGGACCCAUGGGACCACCAGGACCUCAGGGUGAGAAAGGCAACGCAGGGAUGCCAGGGGAGGCCGGUCCGCCAGGUCCCAUGGGACCCCAAGGACCUGUCGGAAAUGAAGGACAGCGCGGCUCCAAGGGAGAUAUGGGUAUCGAAGGACUUCCAGGAGACGACGGACCGCCAGGACCUGAUGGACCCAGGGGACACCAAGGACCACCAGGACCCGCCGGACCCCCGGGCCAGGAUGGCGACAAGGGUGAUAUUGGAUUGCCAGGUGACGUAGGACCCAAGGGUGACUACGGACCAAUGGGACCCCCGGGACCGAUGGGGCCACCAGGCUUGCAGGGCCCACCAGGACCGAAUGGCCAUCCAGGGGAGCCGGGUAUUCAAGGUGAACAGGGACCCCCGGGAGGCAAGGGGUCGGAAGGACAGCGAGGCCUCCAAGGGAAUGCCGGAAACCCAGGGUUGCAAGGAUCGCCUGGCGAAACUGGACCUAAGGGAGAGGUUGGAGACGCCGGAAUCAUUGGACCACCUGGAAGUCCCGGCCCUCAGGGACCGCCCGGACCCACCGGUGCCGCUGGAAGUAUGGGAAUGCCCGGAAGUCCCGGACCGGAAGGCCGACAAGGGGCUAAGGGUGACUCGGGUGAUAUUGGAGCGCCUGGCAACCCCGGUGCAAAAGGUUUUGAUGGCCCACCCGGCCCCCCUGGUGCCACAGGGGAGGAGGGAAGACAGGGUCUCCAAGGUGACCCCGGACCUAGAGGGCCCCCUGGGCUUGACGGACCCAAGGGACAUCAGGGUGAGAUGGGACCCCCGGGCAACCCUGGCGUCCCUGGCGAGUCUGGACCUAAGGGAGAAGCCGGUUUGGAUGGCAACGAAGGGAAACAAGGACCGCCAGGACCAAUUGGACCCGUCGGAAUCCCCGGUGACCCGGGUCUUCCGGGCUCUAACGGAAAGCAGGGAUCAGAGGGAAUGCCCGGAAUCCAGGGUCCGGCGGGAGAACAAGGGAUCAAGGGCGACACGGGACCUCCGGGGCCGCUCGGACAGAGGGGACCGCCCGGACCAUCGGGAGAGCAAGGUAGACCAGGACAGCAGGGACCUCCAGGCGUGCCAGGCCAACAGGGUGAGGCCGGACCCCCGGGAUCCCCAGGAUCUCAGGGAGAACCAGGCGUGAUCGGACUAUCUGGGCCUACAGGAUCGAAGGGAGAGCAAGGACCGAAGGGUACAAAGGGCCACCAUGGGCGUGUGGGUCCUAACGGUCUACCAGGCGACCCCGGUCAGAAGGGAGAGCCGGGAGCUGCGGGCCCCUACGGACCCAAGGGAGCCAGGGGCGAGCAUGGACCUCUCGGACCGCCGGGCCCUCCCGGAGCUGAUGGAGCAACAGGACUUUCAGGUAUCGAAGGACCGAUGGGAUCCAAGGGUGAACCCGGUCAGGACGGACCCCCGGGAAUGCCCGGCCCACAGGGACCUUCCGGCCCGCCAGGCCCCGAGGGUUCCAUGCAACCCUACCCCUCGGAACUCAUGGGUUCGGGCGGCAACUUGAUUGUCGGUGGGCGCCGGAAGCGCAGUGUGCCGGCACAUCCGGCUCUCCUCAACCUCCCCGACCUCGAGUCUGACUUUGCCAAUACCAUUCUGGAUAUCUCUUCUAAACGGGUGACCCUGAAGGAAGGCGUGCACUUGUUCGUGGAUAAAAUGUGGAACCACAUCGUCAAGAUCUCCAAUGUCGUCGACGAGCUCAAGUUCCCGCCUGGAACCAUGGAGAGCCCGGCCGCCAGCUGCAGGGACAUCCGCAACGCCUACCCGAACUCGCAGGACGGCAUGUACUGGGUUGACCCGAACCUCGGCGGAGUCGGCGACGCCUUUGAGGUGUUCUGUAACAUGACCGGUGGCGGCCAGACGUGCCUGGAACCCAUGUCCAACACACAUGAGAAACCUCUGCAAUACUGGCCAAAGAAUGGCGACGAUGAAUGGUUUAGUGAUAUGCAAGGCGGCUUUGAGAUCCGCUACAAUGAGCAGAUUACCUCCCUCUCGAUGAAGUCGGACACCGCUUCUCAGACCUUCGUGUUCGUCUGCGAAGGUGUGAGCGGCUGGUUCGACCAAUCAACUCAAAGCAUGGACAGCGCCAUCUCUCUUCUCGGCCUCAACGAGCACCUGUUUGAGACCGACAAUCUUGACGGGAUCAGCGUUCUCCAAGAUGGCUGCCAGGACAAGACAUCAGGCCAUACAGUAUUCCAGAUCCGAACCAAGUCCUCACGCCUUCCCAUUGUCGAUUUCUUGCCCAAGGAUUACGGCAAACCAUCACAGAAAUUCGGCUUCCGACUUGGCGCUGUUUGUUUCCUGUAAACUCUAUAGCUUGCUUGUAUUUUGCUCAUGUGUUUCUAUGGGUUUUUUUGUUUACAAAAAGGUUUUCUAUUAUUUGAAACAUGUAGUCGUUCUUCAAGUCAAUGUUCUAUAUAUUUUUUUUAAUUUGCAAUUGAAUUUUAUUUAAUAUGAAUAUUAUGCAUUGACAUUUUUUAAUUUUAAAUAAAAAAGCGCUUUAGUGGCCGAUUUAAAAGUCCUUAUAAGAAAAUGUAUAUCCAGAUCAAACUGUAGAACUAUCCAUAUAAUGUUUCGACAUGCAAUGUGAAGAAGAAAAUCAUAACGUUAAACUUUUCAAUGUAAAAAUAACUAAAUGUCUUUCACAAACAUACAAUCAAUCCGUCCACAGUUUCAAGUCUGUGUUAGAUAUGUGUUUGUAUUCAUACAUACUUAAAACGUGUAACCACUAGUUCUGUCUUACAUGUAAUCCUUUAAACAUUACAGUUACUGACAAGAUUUAUAUGUUUGAGUUUAUAUGAGCCUCGUUCUGAGAAAACAGGGCUUAAUUUUAUGUGCUUUAAGUGUCGUCUCAGAUCAGCCUGUGCUGUUCGCACAAGCAUAAUAAGAGAUGAAACUUUACGCCUAAACUAGAUUUAAAACGAAAAAAUCCAUAUAAGCGAAAAAUGUUGUCCCCAAUAAGCCUGUGCGAACUGCAUAGGCUAAUCCCUGAUGACGCUUAAUGCACAUGCAAUAAGCCCAGUUUUCCCAGAACAAGGCUUAUAUGAAUUGUUCAUUGUUCUGUGCAUUAUUUACCGUGUAUUGAAACAGCCACACAAUGUGGUUGCAACAAAUAUAAUCAAUAAGUCUAAUAUGUUAUGAUAUUUAAAUCUAAACGAUCCAUUUAUCAUCUUCAAAUCUGAAUUAAGCAAUAAUGUACAAAUCAUAACUGAGCGCACACUUAAGUUAUGCGACGUUUCACUCAGGGCUAUUUGAAUAAAAUGUUGUAAACCAGGUGUCCGAAUGAUGUAUGCAAUUGAAAUUCAUCAGCAUCCGUCUAUAUUAAAUGAAUUAUAAACUUUUCAUUUACCCAUAUACAUGUUUUCAGGUGUCUAGCUUAGUCGUCUUGAAUUUUUUUAAAGACGAUUAUAUGUAAAUACAGUACCUUAUAAGAUCGGUUUAAACAACAGAAAAAUUAAUAUUUCCAUAUAAUGCGUGUUUAAACUGGAGCCAUCUGUUCGUAAAUAAUGUGUGUUAUGUUUUUUUUGCAUUCAUUAGUUCAACUAACUCAAAGAGUAAAAAAUCUGAGUUAGUUUGGCCGGGUUGUAUGCAAUCAUGUACGAAAACUGGCUGCAUAAGGUAUAAACGUGAUAUAUGGUACAACGUUGCACAAUUGAUGUCGGUUACAAAUAUUAAAGCAACGAAAAAAGUCUGUUACUGAAGAUACCAAAUUCGUUUUCAACUGAUUGUGUUGUUGUCAUUCUCCACUGAGAAUAUAUUAGCCUCUUUCUCAGAAAACUAGGUUUAAUGUACGUGCGUUAAGUGUCGCAUAUAAGCCUGUGUAGUCUGCACAGGCUACUGAUGGACGACAAAUUGUGCAUGAACUGGAUUUUCAUUUUGAAGAGACUUCCUUUAAACGAAAACGGCCCUUAACGCGGACCGCACAGGCUAAUAUGGGACUGCACUUCACGCACAUGCAUUAGACGUCCUUUUCACAGAGCGAGGCUCAUAUUAACUAUAUCAUGGAUGUUUUGUUACUAUAGCAACUGACUUCCCGGGGGUCUAUCUAUUUGCAUGCAAAUGUACUCUUAUAGCUUUCUGUGUAGCACAACCGCUUUUGCCACGCUUGACGCAUAUGCAAUAAAAUAUAAAAUGAU